GCGGAAGUGCUGCGUUGCGCACUUCCGGGUGUUGUCUGGCCGCCGCCGCGCGUCUCCGGUCUCCCGGCCGCUGCCGCCGCCGCCGCCGCCGCCGUCGCCUCGGGUCUCGGAGGCAGGAGGGACGUCACCGCCAUGGCCGGCAUCAAAGCUUUGAUUAGCUUGUCCUUUGGAGGAGCAGUUGGGCUGAUGUUUUUGAUGCUUGGAUGCGCCCUUCCCAUAUACAACCAAUACUGGCCUCUCUUUGUUCUGUUUUUUUACAUCCUUUCACCUAUUCCAUACUGCAUAGCAAGAAGAUUAGUGGAUGAUACGGAUGCUAUGAGUAACGCCUGUAAGGAACUGGCCAUAUUUCUUACAACAGGCAUUGUGGUCUCAGCUUUUGGACUCCCUAUUGUAUUUGCCAGAGCACACCUGAUCGAGUGGGGAGCUUGUGCACUUGUCCUCACCGGAAACACUGUCAUCUUUGCAACUAUCCUGGGCUUUUUCUUGGUCUUUGGCAGCAAUGAUGACUUCAGCUGGCAGCAGUGGUGAAAGGAAUUACUGAACUCUUGUCAGAUGGACUUCUUGUCCUUUCUCAGCCGUCCGUGCACACAGGAGACGGGGCAGUGAUGCUGAGCAGCGGAGCAAGCCUCUUGGGGGUGUUCUAGGUGCUCCUUCUCACUUGUCUUGUAAGCAUACUAUUUUCACAGAGACUUGCUGGAGGAUUAAAAGGAUUUUCUCUUUUGGAAAA